GCCGCCAGGGGGCGCCGCUUCCCGCGCGGUGCCGCUCUGGCGGACGGCGCCCCCUGUGGGCCCGGUGGCGGCGCGGGCGCGGGGCCCGAGGCGGCGGUGGCGGCCGCGGCCAUGUCCCGCCGGGGGCCCGCGCAGGUGUCGGGCAGCCUCCGGCGGAAGGCGGUGCCGCGCCGGGCCCCGUCGGAGCUGCAGGAGCUGCGGAGCCGCACGGAGCGCGCGGAGCGGCGGCUCCUGGCCUGCGAGAACCUGGUCGGGGAGCUGGGCAGCGGCCUGGGCGCCCUCAGCACCCUCCUGCAGGACUACGGGCAGCUGCAGCAGCGCCUGCUCAACCUGGAGAACCUCCUCAAGAACAGGAACUUCUGGAUCCUGCGCCUGCCCCCCGGCUCUGCGGGGGAGAUCCCCAAGGUGCCGCUCACCUUCGAUGAUAUCUCGGUGUAUUUCAACGAGCUGGAGUGGGAGAGGCUGGAGCGCUGGCAGAAGGAUCUGUACAGGGCCGUGAUGAGGGGCAACUACGAGACCCUGGUGUCCCUGGACUACGCCGUGUCCAAGCCCGAUAUCCUGUCCCGGAUGGAGAGGGAUGAAGAGCUCAGUGCCAAGGAGGGCCAGGAGUGCCCCUGGCCACAGACUGGGGACGCUCAGGAGGAGAUGGACAGGGCAGGCCAGGCCCCGGGAGGUGAAACCCCCAUGGAGGCUGCCCCAGGGAGGUGCCAGGAGGAGGUGGCUGCUCCUGGAGAUCUCCCCUUGGUUAAGGAAGAGCUGCUCACUCCAUGGACUAAAGCACCCUGGAGCACCGUGAACCCUCAUCCCACGAGGAGUGGCUGCUCUUGGUCGGACGAAUCCCGUGGAGAGAAGCCUGCAGGAGGGUCUGGAGCACUGGGAAAGGCCUCCUGUAAGACUGGGGGUUCCAGAGACAUCCCUGCCAGCUGUGGAGGGACAGGGAAUACGCUGGGAAACAGUGCCGAGCCCAGGCCCAGCAGCCGCGCCUGCGUCGAGAGGGAUGAGGAGCCCUCAUGGACACGGAGUGGGAACAGCCACAAAACCCCCCAGACACCCACUGGGGACAGCCAGGAGCGCCCCGAGACACAGGCUGGGAACAGCCCGAGGUCCCCACGGACACGGAGUGGGAACAGCCAGAAAAGCCCACAGACACAGACUGGGGACAGCCCAAAGUCCCCAUGGACACGGAGUGGGAACAGUGAGAAAACCCCACAGAUACAGACUGGGGACAGAAAUAAAACCCCAUGGACACGGAGUGGGAACAGCCACAAAACCCCAGAGAUACCCACUGGGGACAGCCAGAACCCCCCACAGACACAGACUGGGGACAGCCCAAAGUCCUCAUGGACACGGAGUGGGAACAGCCACAAAACCCCACAGAUAGAGAUUGGGGACAGCCAGGAACCCCAUGAGACACAGACUGGGAACAGCCUGAGAUCCCCACGGACACGGAGUGGGAGCAGCCAGAAAGCCCCACAGAUACAGACUGAGGAAAGGCAGAAAACCCCACAAGUACAGACUGGGGACAGCCAGAACCCCCCACAGACACAGACUGGAGACAGCCCAGAGCUCUCAUGGACACGGAGUGGGAACAGCCCAAAGUCCCCAAGGACACAGACUGGGAACAGCCCGACACCCCCAUGGACACAGACUGCGAACAGCCCAAAGUGCCUGUGGGCACACACUGGGGACAGCCAGACACUGCCUCAGACACAGACUGGGGACAGUCAGAACCCCCUCCAGACAGGUGUCCCCAACAAUCAGAAGCCCCCACGGACUCCAGAAGAGACAGAGCAGCAGGAAGAGGCUUCAAGAGAGGAUCCCAUGCCCAUGGAAGCUGGCCCAGAACUCCCCAUCCUGCUGAUGAACGUGAUGUCCCUGGGGGAGCAGCAGCUGGGGACACUGACAGAGGAGGACCUGGAGAUGGAGGAGGACCCGGCAGAGCCUGACACUGAGGAAGCCUCCCCCGUGGAGGAUGAAACGCCGAGCGAAGGGGCUUCCCCCGAGGACAUCAAGGUGAAGGAAGAGGAGCCUGAGCUGCUGCCAGAGGAAUCCACACCCUCUCCCAGCUCAGAGAUGCAGAAGUGUCCCAAGAACGAGCUGGCGAAAGCCAAGAGCAAGAAGAAGCCGAACCGGUGCGAGACCAGCAACCUCCUGAUGGGGAACUGCCGGCGCGGGUACGUGCGGGAGUGGUGCCACCCCUGCACCGAGUGCGGGAAGCGCUUCCGCCUCAAGAUCAACCUCAUCAUCCACCAGCGCAGCCACGCCAAGGAGGGCCCCUACGAGUGCCCCGUCUGCGAGAUCGGCUUCAGCAACAAGCGGCACCUGGACCUGCACCACAGCAUCCACGUCAAGGACAGAGCCUUCGGGGCCAAGGUGUGGGGCAACGUGCACCCCGAGCUGCGCAUCCGCCCGCGCCGGCACCUGUGCGGCGGCACCGCCCACGGCAGGGCCUGGCCGGGCCAGCCCAAGAGGGAGCCGGACGCAGAGGGCGCGCCCGGCCCCGGGGCGCCGCGGCCGCCCGACUCCAGGCUGAAGUGCCCCUACUGCAAGAAGUUCCUGUCCUGCUCCGUGUCGCUGCAGCGGCACCUCCAGACGCACGCGCGGGAACGGCCCUACUUGUGCAGCGCCUGCAACAAGUGCUUCACCCGCAGCACCCACCUCCUGCGCCACAAGAAGAUCCACGAGCGCGCCCUGGCCGCGCUCCAGGGGGAGGGCCCGGCCCCGGCCCUGCAGCGCGGCGCUCCCGAGGCCCAGAGCGGCCUCUCCCAGGGGAACGGGAGGCUGGAGGCGGUCACAGCCAGCCUGCCCCACGAGCUGCAGCCGGGAGCGACAGCGCUGGGGCUCCCAGGCAAAGGCUGCCUGCUCCCUGACUGCAUCAGGAAGGCCGUGCAGCCCGUGGUGCAGCUGGGGUCGAGGGCAGUGGCUUCGGGGGUGACAGAGAAAUGACCCUGGGACAGAUGUGAACUGUGCGUGUCCCUGGAGAAAAGCUGUGAGUUUGUUGGGAUCUGAUGGGAUUUGGAAUUUGCUGCGUUUUAGGAGCUUCCUGGGUUGUACAAAGAAUGGGAAGCUUGGAGACCACAACAGGGAGCAAAUUGCAGAAGCCUCCAGUGAUCCAUCACGCUUCACUAAUCCACUGACCUGUUCCUGCUGGCUGAUGCUUGGAAUUUUCCCAAGCUGACAUUCCUGGGAGAUGAGCAGGUGAAUCCUGGUCAAACAGGAGCAGAGCUUUCACAUUCCUUGAUGCUGGAGCUGACCCCUUGCACUCGGGAACACAACUGAAGCGGGCAGGGAGAGGGAAUGGAGCAUUCCCAAGCAGCCCUGUGCUCCAUGGACCAAGCUUCCUGAGGCACCAGAUGGAGAGUGACAUCUUGGAGACCCCACUGUGUCCUGGCUCUGGCGAGGAGAUCAGCCAACGCCCCCUCCAGCAGGCUGGGAACGCUGGAGCUUUGCACUGGAAGAUCCACAGGACAAACCAAACCCCAAUGUUCUGGCCUGGCAUGUUCCGGGGAUCCCGGCAGGUCCAUCAGGGAGGCCACAGGCACCCUCAGGACCAUCCUGCAGGGGUGCAGAGUGAUUCUAGCAAUACCUGACGGGUCAGCCAGCCCCUGCUGCAGCAGCACCCCCGUGGAUCCGCCUGCACAGAGCAGCCCCUCGGCUCUGGAGGGAACUCCCGCUCUCCCAACCGCAGCUCAUCCCCUCUUGCCCAAAUCCCAUCCUGGUGAAUCCUGUGGGAGAAGUUGUGCAGCUACCUCAGUCAGGGAGAGGGGACGUGCCCGGAGGCAGCGCUGGAGCCAGGCCUGGCGCUGCUCCGGUGUCUGUGAGCAGAGCCCACGCGCAUCCACCCCACACGGACCCAGGGAGCAGCUGCUGGGACUCCUGCAGUCAGUUUUCCAGGUUUUUUUGGUUUCUUUGCGCUGUUUGAUGUAGUCAUUUGACAUCCUGUGUCUCUGUCCCUCUCUGAGCAGUGAGCACUGGCAGGCUUUUCCUGCCUUUCAUUCCGAGGCACUCCCGGGGUGGGAUGGUGCUGCUGCUGCUGUGGGAAGCUUUGGGAGCUGAGGGGACACCUGUGCCACAUCCAGGUGUGAUCCUCGGCCACCUCCUGCUCCGUGGGACAGACAGCAGCCUCCAGCUGCUCCACAGGAAUACAGUGACAUCCCACUGCUGCUCUGGGCUGCUGUCUCACAAUUCCUGCCCCUGGGAUUGCGGUGUGGAGCAUUCCCAGGCUGCAGCAGGAGCCAGGAGGGGGCCAGUGGCUGGCACAGGGGGUUGAUGCCUUGUGCACGUGGGCCCAUGGAUGCAGCAGUCAGCCAGUGGCUGGUUCUCCCUGUUAUCCCUGCCCAGGCAGAGAUCCCAGUGCUCCCCAGUUCAUCCCAGGGCCAUGGCUGAGCUGUGUGCCGGUGUUGCCCGUGGGUGAAUCCCCCCAGGCCAGCAGCAGGGCCAGCAGCCCCAGCCUGGCAUUGCUAAUUCUGCUGUGACCGGGAGCAGCAUUUCCUGCGACAUUCCCGAUCCCUGUCUCAGGCUGUGGAAUCAAUAAAGUAUUUGUGUCUA